AUGGAAACGCUCGCUUCUUCUAGAAGGUCGAAGGACCCACAGGCUCGACGGGAGGCCCCGCUGUGGGUCAGGGUCGGGGGCGUGAGGCGACUCUGUGGUGGCGGGGCCUGGACCGACAGCCACUUGGAAGUGCGGGUGAGCGUGGACGUGGAGAGCCCGACGAGACCCCGACGGAGACCCCGACGAGACCCCAGAGCCCUCUGGCUGGGAAGGGCAGUUCUCACAAGCCCUGACUCUGAAACUUCCCAGCAGUUCCUUGUGGUUUUGGCCGCCUUUGCCUCAGCAAACACGAACAGCAGACGCCAGGAGACGGAGGCCCUGCCCGCCCGGUCGGCCUGCGGGGCGCCCCCUCCCAGGGCUGUCCAGCUGUAG